UCUAGAGCUACACCUCCGUGGAAGAAUCUGAAUCGUUUACGAACUAGCUUAUGCUUGUACACAUGUUGAGGCUUGUACAUUUUGCCGUGAGCUCCAAGGUAAUUCCUUUUGCCAUUUAAAACAUGGGGACAACAUCUAUGAACAUGAAGCUGAAAGGAUUAUCAACCGUAUUUUUUCUGACGCUCCGAGUAGGCGUCGUCUUCGGAGACAUGUCAUUUUCCUUCCCAGAAGAGAUGGAACGCGGGUCUGUGGUCGGAAAUAUUGCCAAGGAUUUAGGGCUUGAUGUCAGCAAAUUAUCCGCUCGAAAGGCCCGUAUCGACGCCGAGGGGAACAACAAACGCUAUUGUGACAUUAACCUUGCAGACGGAGAUCUCAUUGUUGCGGACCGGAUUGACAGAGAGGCGCUUUGUGCUAAAAGGGCAUCCUGCAUGUUACGGCAAGAACUUGUUUUGGAGAACCCUUUGGAAUUACAUCGUAUUAGCCUGAAUAUUAUCGAUAUAAAUGACAACGCCCCGCAAUUUAAAAAGGACACAAUAAAUAUCGAGAUCCGCGAGUCUGCAGAUAAAGGAAAUCGCUUUCGUUUAGACGAGGCGCACGACGCAGAUAUAGGUCAAAACACCAUCCAGAGCUAUAUGAUCCAAGACAACGCACAUUUUACCAUUAAUGUAAACACAAAGAGUGGAGGGGGGAAAUUUUGUGAAUUGGUUUUAGAAAAAGAGUUGGAUAGAGAGGAAAGGAAGGAGAUGUCCAUUUUGCUUACUGCUACGGAUGGUGGUUCACCACAGAAGUCAGGUACAGUAGUCAUACACGUCACCGUACUAGAUGCUAAUGAUAACGCCCCCGUGUUUGGCCAGGCCGUUUAUAGAGCCAGCAUCCCCGAAAACUCUUCUAUGGAUACCGUAGUAAUCACUGUACAAGCUAAGGACGCCGACGAGGGGUUAAACGGAGAAGUCAGGUAUGAGUUUGAUCACAUCUCGGAGGAAAAUAAUGCGUUUUCCCUUGAUGAGACAACUGGUGAGGUGACGGUGACUGGGUCGAUAGAUUAUGAGGAAUUGUCCACGUAUGAAAUCCAAGUUACUGCUAAAGACGGUCUGGGAUUAGCCUCCUCCUGCACGUUACUCAUUGAUAUUAAAGACAUAAACGACAAUGCUCCCGUCACAUUCAUCAAAUCCCUCACUAAUCCAAUACCAGAGAACUUGGCAGCCGGUACGGAGGUAGGCAUCAUUAACGUGCAGGAUAAAGACUCAGAGAAUAAUCAACAGGUUCGUUGUUUCAUCCAGCAAGACGUUCCUUUUAAGUUGGUUUCUUCAAUCAAUAACUACUAUUCACUGGUCACAACGAGCGAACUUGACCGUGAACUGGUUUCGGUCUACAACAUUACCAUAACGGCUACCGAUGAGGGACAACCACCUCUGUCGUCCUCUAAAAGUGUUACAUUGUCCGUCGCCGACGUCAACGACAACCCUCCAGUGUUCGACGAAGAAUCGUACAGCGCUUAUGUGCCAGAGAAUAACAAAGCCGGACACUCGUUGUGUUCUGUCACCGCUCGAGACCCAGACUGGAGGCAAAACGGCACAGUGCUUUAUUCUCUUUUACCUGGGGCUGAGAUGAACAGCAUACCGGUGACCGCCUAUCUGUCAGUAAAUGGAGACACUGGUGUGAUCCAGGCCCAAAGGUCUUUCGAUUACGAACAGAUGCGGUCCUUCAAAGUCCUCGUGAUGGCGAGAGACAACGGCUCUCCUCCGUUAAGCAGCAACGUAACGGUCACCGUGUUUAUUACGGAUGUUAAUGAUAACUCUCCUCAGAUACUCUACCCGACACAGGCGGGCAGCUCCGUAAUGACCGAGAUGGUCCCUAAGACAGUGCAAGGGGGCUCCCUGGUUUCCAAGGUGAUAGCAGUGGACGCGGACUCUGGACAGAACUCCUGGCUUUCAUAUCAUAUUAUUAAAUCCACUGAUCCAGAACUAUUCGCUAUCGGUCUUCACAGCGGAGAGCUGAAGACGCAGCGAGAUUUCUCUGAGUCUGACAGCAUGAAACAAAGUCUCGUCGUGGCAGUGAGAGAUAACGGAAACCCCGUGCUCUCGGCUACUUGCAUUAUGAUUCUACUUGUGUCUGAUAACUUGGCUGAUGUCCCUGAACUCAAAGAUCAGUUGUUUGAUGACAACAACUCGAAACUGACUACGUAUCUGAUCGUUGCGCUCGUGUCGAUCUCUACCUUUUUCCUGACUUUUAUCAUUGUCUUAUUGGGCAUAAGGUUUUGCCGGAGGCGAAAGCCAAGAAUGUUAUUUGACGGGGCAGUUGCUAUACCCAGCGCGUAUUUACCACCGAAUUACGCAGAUGUGGACGGCAAUGGAACUUUACGCAGCACAUACAAUUACGACGCCUAUUUAACCACUGGAUCUAGAACCAGCGACUUCAAGUUUGCUACAUCCUACAAUGACAACACACUCCUCGCAGACCAGACCAUGCUGAAAAGACCCUCAGACUUUGAUGAUGCGUUCGGGGACGCAGAGGGAAACCCAGAGGUAAGACAGUUUCACUGUACCAACUUUUAAAGCCUUACCUGUGUUUAGACCACACGCUCUCACCAGCACCACCUGAUGACUUAUUUGAUUUGUUUUCUCAAAUGGAAUCGAUUUUUUUUCUAGUACAAUAGCUGUAUCUCUGCUUUUUUCCUGCUCUGUCUUUUUUGUAAUACCUUGUUUCCUGGAAAUUAUACGAUUUGUGAUGUUUUUAUUUUUAUUUUUAUAUGAGGGAAAUCAAUGUUCAUGUUUUAUUGAUGACCAGAAGUCCACAUGGUUAAUGCAUGAUUGCAUUAAAGGUGUUGUAAUAGGUGCCAAAAUGAUUCAUGAAUCUGGAAGCUCCAUUGCUUAUAUUGACAUGGACUGUCUGUCUCCGCUGGAGCAGGUCACUGCAUAAUCAUAAACCUGCCUGUAGAUGAGCUGCAACCAACUGAAUAAUGCAGUCAUGAUGUGGAGAAUGUCAUGCUUUGCAGCAACAUCCAUUUAAAUGAUGUACCAGCUUUGUGUGUGUGUAUGUGUGUGUGUGUGUGUGUUUGUGUGCACGUGUGUGCGCAUGUUAAACGCACAACUGUGACCUACUUAAUCAGCCUUUGUAAUGGUGCUGUUUUGAUGUGGUAGUGGACCCUACUGAGGAUCUGAAUGUCCUUCACCUGGAUUAUGAAUAAAUAUGAGAGAUUA